UGCAAAUACAACGUGUAGUUCAUGCGUGAAGUCCACACUCUGCGUUUGGUUGUUUGCCAUUGUGCAAUCAGACAGAUUUUCACUGUUUUGACCAUUGUGAGAAAGUGUUUGUGAGAUCAAAGAGUUUCCAAAAAUGCCUAGAGGAGGUCGUAAGGGAGGCCACAAGGGGCGGAGCCGGAAAUUCAACAAUCCGGAGGAGAUUGAUGACCAAAUGAGGGCACAUGAGUGGAGGGAACCAGCUAAAGAAGGGAGUGGAGACGAAGGGACAGCAAAACAGCCGGCAAAGACGAUAUCUGACACAGACUCGGACUCAGACUCCGACGAAGAUCAAGGACACAAAGGCGUCAGUCACCUCAUAGCUAUUGAAAACCCAAACCGAGUGGCAAACAAAAUGAAGAAAGCGUCGCAAGUCGAUGUCAAUGAAUCCGGAACGGCAGCCUUAUCAAGAAGAGAAAGAAAAGAGAUAGAGAAAGAAGAGGCCACACAGCGAUAUUUGAAGCUUCACAGGGAAGGCAAGACGCCUGAAGCCCAGGCAGACCUGGCAAGGCUAGCAAUCAUCCGCAAAGAACGGGAGGAAGCGGCCAAAAAGAGAGAACAAGAGAAAAAAGCAAAAGAGGAAGCCAAAGCUGCUGCAAGGAAAAAAUGACGAAAUGGAAAAAAUGUAGAAGAGAAAUCAUCGGUGAAUUAUGAAAUAUGUAUGUAAAAAUAGUAGGGUCGGGGUCGUACACACUACUCAAACUUUAAAGGUAAUAUUCAACGUUUGCUUUUGCUGUAACUUUAAGAAAUGGAUAGAUUUUGGGGGUUGUUAUUUUGUAGCAAAGAUUGUUACAUUGACCUGUUCAAAGGUUUGUGUUCAUAGAUGCUGGAAUAACCAAGAAAAAAAUUAUCUUCUUGUAGUCUGGUUCCCUGACUCUACUUCAG